UAUAUUAUUAUUAAUAUAUCUUGGAUUGAAGUUAAAGCGGCGGCGCCUUUGACGUUUUGGUCAGCGCGGGUCUCUGCUUGCCAUACUGCAUUAAGCGACUAAAUAAAAAAGCUGCCACAAUUCUAACUGAAAUAUCGAAGGAACGGCAUCUCUAGAAAUGUUGCCAUAUAAAAAUCAUUUGUUUACACGAGUUUUUUUUAUGACAAUUUGUAAACAAUUGUUAAUAAAAUAAAAAUUUAUCAAUUAAAAUGGAAAUUGUUAAUCCCUGCUUCUCGGUGUUAUCCAAUUACGAGGUAAUGGAGUCCCUAAAAAAUAUAAAAGAUACUAAAAAGAAAUAUGGUUUAAGAAAUUUGGCCACAAUUGCCUAUGAAACCUUGCAAUUUUUGGAAGAUUCUCCCAGUAAACAUCAAAGUCGUGAAGCCAUUGUGUCCUUUAUUAAUGACAUGCAGCCUUACAAAUUGACAACAAAUGAGUGUCUAAUGAUGGUCAAUGACCCACCUUCCAGUGCUUUACAUAUACAACUGCUAAUUGAAGACAGUGAGGAACGUUUGACAGAGGAACAAGUUUCUCAAAUUAUUGAAAUAGCCAAAACCCAUUUUCCCGGACCUCCACAAGAAACUAAUUAAUUUAAAAAUAAAAAAAACUGUUGAUUUAAAA